AUGGCAGCUCUAAGGAUCUCAGCCUUGACUUUGUCGCGCAAAGCGCUGACUACCUGUGGGCCACGACUCUCUCUCGGAGUCCGCGCCAGCGUGCGCCCCUUGCAAGCAUGCGCUACCAUCCCAUCUUUAAAAUACUCCACAUCUGCGCCAGUACAAUCUCCCGCGCCCAAGCUUGAGCGUGGCGGCUCAAAGCUUUUCAAAGAUGCAGACGCCGCUGUCGCCGACAUCAAGAGUGGAUCGACAAUCCUGAGUUCAGGGUUUGGUCUUUGCGGGGUUGCAGAAACUCUCAUUAAUGCUAUGCACCGCCGAGGCGCCGAACAAUUACACUCUUUGACAGCUAUUUCGAACAAUGCCGGCGUGGCGGGCAAGGGAGGCCUUUCUACACUUACGAAGAACGGCCAGGUCGGUCGUCUGAUCCUUUCAUACCUUGGGAACAACAAAGAGUUAGAGAAGAAAUACUUGACGGGGAGAAUUGCUAUCGAGCUUUGUCCGCAAGGGACUUUGGCUGAGCGGCUGCGAGCCGGAGGCGCUGGGAUUCCGGCUUUUUUUACGCCGACGGGAGUUCACACGUUUAUCCAGGAGGGAAAGAUCCCUGUUCGCAUGGAUGAGUCUGGUAAAGUCCUGGAGACUGGAAAGCCACGGGAGACCCGAGAGUUCAAUGGCAAGACAUAUCUCAUGGAAGAGGCCAUAACCGGCGACGUGGCUAUUCUCAGAGCCUGGAAAGCGGAUGAGGCUGGUAAUUGCGUGUUCCGAUACACCACCAAAGCAUUUGGCCCUAUCAUGGCCAAAGCAGCGACGCUGACUAUUGUGGAGGCUGAGAACAUCGUCCCGGUUGGAUCGAUAGACCCGAAUGACGUCGAUUUACCGGGCAUUUUCGUGGAUCGCAUUGUGCCGAGCACGGCCGAGAAACAAAUUGAGAUCAAGAAGCUACGCUCGGAGGAAAGUGCGACUGGGUCAGCAGGAGAUGCGGCUCAGAUUCAAAGAGAGCGCAUUGGGCGUCGUGCGGCGAAGGAGCUCAAGCCGGGAUACUAUGUUAACCUGGGCGUUGGUAUUCCCACGUUGGCACCAUCUUUCUUGCCGAAGGAGGUUAAGGUCUGGAUUCAAUCGGAGAAUGGGAUCUUGGGAAUGGGCGACUAUCCCACCGAAGAAGAACUGGAUGCCGACAUCAUCAACGCUGGAAAAGAGACAGUGACAUUGGUCCCUGGAGCCGCCACAUUCGACAGCACCGAGUCAUUCGGCAUGAUCCGCGGAGGCCACGUAGACGUGUCUAUUCUCGGUGCGUUGCAAGUCAGUGCUAACGGGGAUCUGGCCAACUACAUGAUUCCCGGAAAGGUGUUUAAGGGUAUGGGCGGAGCAAUGGAUUUGAUUUCCAAUCCGGAUAAAACCAAGAUUGUGGUUGCUACAAGCCAUACGGCGAAAGAUGGGAGUCCGAAGAUCGUACAGAAAUGUAGCCUUCCGUUGACUGGUGCUAAUGUUGUUAGCACUAUCAUCACAGACCUGUGUGUCUUCCAGGUGGAUCGAGCUACUGGAAAGCUUACGCUGACGGAGCUUGCACCGGGUGUUGAAGUUGAGGAGGUGCAGAGUAAGACGGAUGCUGAGUUUAGCAUCGCUGCGGAGCUUGAGAUUAUGGAGUAG